GCAAAAACCACAUUGAAGAAUGUUUUAUUUUUUCUUUGUGGAAAACCUUUGUGGGAUCGGAUUGAAAUUUUGCAAGUGGAUAGAAGAAGGUUUGAAAUUUGGGAAUCAAAUGAGAUGUAAGGUCUGUUUCUGCAGAAAUCACAAACCAGUCAGAGCGAAUUUCAUUGCUUAAAAACAGCCAGGAAACUAGUUUCAACCAAUGAAAUUCACUCUGACUGGUUUAUGAUUUCUGCAGAAACAAACCUAAUAAUACAGUCGUCAGUCGACAAUAACCUUACUUUUUCUAAUAUUUUGAUACAUAUUCCAAUUAUUUACUUAUUUUGUUCAUUUGUGGAAAAAUAAAUUAAUAUUUGAUUUUUCCAGAUUUAAGUUUGAGCCUACUACAUUAUUUCCAAAGAACAACUAUCAACAAUGGCCUUAUUACUAUUAGAAGAAGAUCCAUGGAUUUUAGAGCACGAAUCCUGCGAGAAGCUCCAAAGGGAAAUCAUGAGCCAGCUCACCGAGAGACAAAGACACCCGAGAACCAGUCAAAAGUACGCCCAAAUAUCUGCUGACAUCAGAUUGAGGCUGAAACAGUUCAACAAUGAACUACAGCAGUUGAGACUCAAGUUGGACACUUCAUCUACAUCUACUGCAAUUACGGCAGCUGAAUCAGAAAGACGCACCAGACAAAUUGAAGUGCUAAUGACAAAGGCGACCCAAAUGCAAAAAUUAUUCGAAGAGCAAUUGUCUAUGAAAAGAAUGGAAGAAAGAACGGAACUUUUGGGUGCUGAUUGGGAUGAGGCAAGUGGAGGGCCUUCAAACCUGUCUUUCGAUGAUAUGAGGGCUAGACAAAAGCAAAUGCUUGGUGAACAAGAGAAAGGUUUGGAAAGCCUUUCGAAAAUCAUAUCGAGGCAAAAGAACAUUGCCAGCACUAUAUCAAACGAAGUAGAUUAUCAUAAUGAAAUUCUUGAUGAUAUUGGUACUCAAAUUGAUAACACUGAUCAAAGAGUUCGAGUGGAAACUGAUAGGGUGGGUGUGGUAGACAGGAAAGACAAUACUUGCGGAUACUGGGUGGUCAUUAUUAUUUUAUUUAUAAGCAUCAUUGUUGUUGCUACUUUGUGAUGCUUUAAACAAUUUCUCAAGCAUUAUUUAAAUCAGCCUUGGUCAAGUGGUUGGGUUGUCCACCUAAGAAGGAAAUUAGCAUCGCAUAGACUUGACCACUCUCGAUUUUUCUUUAUACAAUGUGUCCAAGAUAAGGAAGGUCAGUAUGGGGAUCUGAUGCCCAAAAACGAAAUGUCGGAUUACAAAUUUGAUAAUGCCAUAUUGUAGAGGAGGAAAAGUAACAAUGAUAAAGUACCAUUUAUUUUAAAAUAUCCCUUCAAAUAAGGUCAGAAAAAAAUAAAAUAAUUUUGGGCGAAUUUUGGGUUUUCCCGGAUAUCUCCGGUAUCACUCUGAAUUUUCAAAAUAUCAUAGUGGUAUUUCAAUGAGCACAAAAUUGCACAACUUUUUCCUAAUUUGAGCAGCGUCGUAUCUUCCACUGUUUCCGAGAUCCCUAUACUUGCCCUCCUUAUCUUGGACACAUUGUAUAUGUAUAUGUCGCAGGCUUUAUGUAAAAUCAGUCUUAUUAUAUACGCCUAGGUUUUUUCAAUACGACUAGGCAUAUCGUAAUACUACCCAAAUACCUAAGAAUUUCACAAUUAGACUGGUAAUUUUAGUCUUAUUAUAAUACGCCUGCUGCGUGUUAGUCUUAUUGUUAAAAUGAACCUGCAUUAGAAUCCAACUAGAUGAAAUCCGUCGUAUUAUAAUACGACUGAUAAUGCACCAGGCGAAUUGUAUUGAAUAAAACUUUCAAUGUGCCUUUUGGCCGAUAUAUUGUGCUGAACGCUAACUUUCUUAUUCUUUAUGCCAAAGAGACAUCUUAAUCACCAAAGUUUAAAGUAUUUUUUCCAAAUUUCGUCUCUGUAGCAUAAUUAAUAGGAAAGCUACCCUUCAGCGCAACAUGUAUCUUUGUUUCUCUUUCUGGAUUAUCAAUUAUUUCAUUACCUACUUUUGCAGUCAGUGAUUUAAUCCCUUGAAAACCAUCGAUUAAGUCGUGUAUAGUACCUACCAAUUUCAUAAUCUCCAUUCGUGAUACUCACUACAGUUCAGGCACAAAUAUUACACAGAAAUAAAACUAAUCAACAAUAAUAAUUAAUAUUAUUCGACUGCCACACUGUCAGUCGCAUUAUAAUACGACCGAUUUCAUCUAGUCAGAUUCUAAUGCAGGCUCAUUUAAACAAUAUAAGACUAACACGCAACAGGCGUAUUAUAAUACGACUGAAAUUACUAGUCUAAUUGUAAAAUUCUUAUGUAUUUGGGUAGUAUUACGAUAUGUCUAGUCUUAUUGAAAAAGCCUAGGCGUAUUAUAAUAAGACUGAUUUUACAAUAAGCCUGCGACAUAUAUAGCUUUAAAAAAACCAAACAUUAUUUAAAAAAUUACUUUAUUAUUAAACUUACCACUGUGGUAAAUUAUUAGAUAUUUACAUUCUUCCUUGUGAAAUUAGUUAACAACAAAAUGUAAAAAAAAAAUAAUCACAACUCUAUUUUAAAUUAAACAAACCUAAUUAUUACUACAUAAAUAAGUGUUUUCUUAAAACACAUUCCUUGAGACAAUGCAUUUUAAUUAAAUAGAUAAUGAUGGAUGCUCUUCAAAAUGUACAAAACAGUGAAAAAUAAAUGUCAUUGUAUUUAUUUGAUUAUUAUUGUUCAGUCGCUUUUUUGAUUAUCUACUCGCUUCCAGUGGAGCGUUUCGCCUUGCGCUGCCUUGGACUUUGUGGUUUACCACCCUUAGGAGAUU